GGACACGCGCUGCGUUCCCAUUAGAUCGACAACAAAAAGCUGUGAUCUUUGGUGGUGGGUUCGACAAGUCUAAUCUUGGCCAUUAGCAAAAUUUCUUCUUUAAAUCUUUUUUAUUUUAGACGUUGACAAGAAGAUUAAUAUUGUACACUACGAGACUCGACGGGUCAAUUUUAACCAGAUUUAGAGGAUUUGUGGAUGUAAUUUCUUCUUUUGGUCUCUUCUUUUUGGGAUUUUUCAUUGGAAUUGAGAGCAUACACAUGUGUUUUUGGAGUGAGAAUUAACUUUGGGUUGUUGAUUCUCUUCCUCUGGUCAUGGAGGAGCCUUGUGAGACACUUGACAAUGGUGAAGCUUAUCAAAUAUCUAGAUAUCAUACCUAUAACCAACACAGCUCCAGAAGCUCAUCACCCUGGUUGGAUUUGAGAGUGUUCUAUGUCCGGAUAAGCAAUUUCAUGGUGGAAGAUUCAACUCCUGAAGUCCUCACUAUCAAUCACAUUCCUCUGGAUCCUGAUACGCUUUUGGAGAUUAACGGUGUUAGAAUGGGAAUGUACUCGGAAGGAGGUUCUUCACAGCUUAGGAGAGAUAGGGUUGAUAAGAAAUCUGAAGAAGCUACUUAUGUCAGCACAGACAAUAUCAGGUUAACGGGUAGUGUGAAGUUUGAGGUUUUUGACAAAACUGAGCUAGUCUUGUCUGGAACUCUUGAGAUGUGUGGUAGUAAUGGUUUCACUGGGGAAUCAAAGAAUCGAUGGAAGAUGAAUUGCGAGGCUGAGAUCAGUGCAGGGUCUGGUUUCUUUAAGGAGAAGAGUAUUAACGGUCAAGAGUUAUCGUCCCCAUUACCAACUAUCGAGGUCUAUGUUACUGGUUGCUUCUCAGGGACACCCAUCAUCUUGACCAAGACUCUGCAACUUGGUUUGAGAAAGAAGCAGAGUAGAAGAAUGGCAUUGGAUUCAAUUCCUGAGUAUGAAACUGCAGAACCUCAGAAAGAGUACACCUCCUCUGCGCUUGAUCUUCAGGCAACAGAGUACGCGAACUACAAAGAGGAAUACGAAGGAGACAUGUAUUGGAGAAGUGAGUGCAUAGAUGGAGAGAUGUCAUGGUUUAAUGCAGGUGUAAGGGUUGGUGUUGGGAUUGGACUUGGUGUCUGUGUUGGUCUUGGGAUUGGUGUCGGUCUUCUCGUUCGUACUUAUCAAUCAACAACCAGAACCUUCAGGAGGAGGCUUCUCUAGUUUAGUAAUACACACAUUUGCACUUUUUUUUACCUUGAAAUUUUGAAAGAAUCAUCUUUUUAAAACCGUUUGUAUUUGGGUGUGAUGUGAAUUAAACACAUUGGUGUGUGGAUAUGUUUGGUAUUUGUUUUGCUGUAAAUAAACGAGUGAGAAUGUA